CGACAUUGAUUGGGCUCGUCAUUAGUAUUCUAGCAUUCUGCUUCGCUAUCUUGUACUAUGUGAAAGAGAUCCCCGGUUAAUUAUGUACAUCGCCCAACUGGGCAUGUCACAAGAGAGAGGGACAUCGAGAAGCUGUUGGACAUGGCAGGGGAAGCGGCUACAACGAUCGCGGUGGAGGUGGAUACAAUGAUCGUGGAAAUGGUCGGCACAAUGAUCGUGGAGACGGAAGGUACAAUGAACGUGUGCCAGAACCCAAGACCUGGUUGGAGAGGUUCGAACAAGGCACGUCCUGCAGCGUCGAGUGAUUCCCAUCAAAGGAGAUCAUACUCCCCGAGGAAUUAUCAUCGGGGAUCAAGCUCCCAGGAUCGGGAAGUGCAAUCACAACUGCGAGAAUAUAUCGAUCUAGACCGCGCCAAGAAGGAAGAGAAGAAUUGGAAGAAAGAAGAGAGGAAAGAGGUGAAGAAAAGGGAAGAAGCGGAGAGACUGCAAGCCGAGGUCGCGAAGGAAGCUAAACGGAAGAAGGCUGAGAAGAAAGUGAAGAAGGCGCAGAUGGAGGAAGAAAAGUAUGCACUAAUGAGCAAGGAUAUGCGGUUAGAGAUGAAGAGCGAGAUGUGUGAGUUCAAGGAUGAAAUGAGAGCAGGAUUCCUGAAGAUCGUAGCUGAAGGACAAAAGUUGCUGAAGGGAAAGGGUAAACAACCUGGAUAUGUGUCAGAUGAGUGUCAAUCAUCGCACAGAUAUGCAAGAAGCAACACCGAGGAACUGACAGUAAGAACAAACAAGCUCACCUUGAAGGACAAACGCAAACGUGGCCCAAAAGUCUAUGUGGGUGACAAUCCACCAAUUGAAGGUUCGACAAAGCGAACAUCGCGACGUUCGUGUCUGAAGACUGGGGGAAGGAAGACGCUGAGAGUUGUUGCAUCGAAAGCUAAGAGACGUGUAAAGUUGUCACCAACGUUCGUUAAAAAGUUGGCGAGUGCAGUGAAGAUGAAGAAACCAACAAGCAGUGGAUUACUGGGUCGCUACAGGUAUAGAUCCGAAGAAAUGGCACGUCUCAAGCGACUAGAUGCUAUCACUUUACAUAAAUUGUGCAAUGAUAAGGGAGUACCAUACAACGGGAAGAUCGAAACGAUAUUCGAUCUAGCAAAUCACCGCACGUACAUCGCCUUUGGCCCGAAAGACAAAGAGGAGAAUGAUCCGGUCGAGGAAUUGGAGGAGGAGGAGGGACCUCUUGAAGAGGAGGAGACAAACGAGGAAGAUACCGCUGUGUGUGAAGACCUGGGUGUUGCCGAGUACUGGCGGCUAUGCAGAUUUUGUAACAGACUACAUGAAAAAUCGAAGACGAUGGACCCAAGAAUUAAGAAGAUCGAGAAGAUCAAGCUUAGAGACAUGCAGAUCGUGUCAGAAAAGCCACCGUGAAAUUAGAACAGGGAUUUCGUCAAAAGACUCAAAACGGACAUUUUAUAUUUUUUGAACAAAAUCAAAACCCACUU